CGGCGGGAGGUGCCGUGCGCGCCCGCGGAGCCCCGCGGAGCCCCGCGGAGCCAUGGCGUACAUCCAGUUGGAACCAAUAAAUGAGGGUUUGCUCGCUCGAAUCUCGGAUCUCUUGCUGUGCCGGUGGACUUGCAGAAAUUGUUGUCAGAAGUGUUUCGACUGUAGCUGUUGUCAAACAAAUGAAGAUGAAGUUGAAAUCCUGGGACCUUUUCCUGCUCAAACUCCAGCCUGGCUGAUAAGCAGCCAAAAUGAGGACAAAGAUGGAGACUCUGAUAAUACAAUCAGCGAGCUGCCUCCCACUCUUCAGGAUGUUUCCCCUGACAGAAGGCGGUCGUCGUCAGAUACAUCACGGUCCACUUACAGCCUCACGCGGCGGAUUUCAAGUCUGGACUCGAGGAGGCCAAGUUCUCCGCUAGUUGACAUCAAACCCAUCGAGUUUGGAAUAAUAGGAGCUAAGAAAGAAACAGUUCAGCCAACUAUCCUGCGAAAAACCUACACCCCAGAUGACUAUUUUAGAAAAUUUGAACCAAGGCUGUACUCUCUUGACUCAAAUAGCGAUGAUAUGGACUCCUUGACAGACGAGGAGAUCUUGUCCAAGUACCAGCUGGGCAUGCUGCACUUUAGCACUCAGUAUGAUCUGUUGCAUAAUUAUCUAAUAGUGCGAGUCAUCGAGGCUAAAGAUCUGCCUCCUCCAAUUUCUUACGACGGCUCGAGGCAAGACAUGGCUCACUCCAACCCCUACGUGAAGAUCUGCCUUCUUCCCGAUCAGAAGAACUCCAAGCAGACCGGAGUGAAACGCAAAACGCAGAACCCGGUGUUUGAGGAGAGGUACACAUUUGAAAUCCCCUUUUUAGAAGCCCAGAGAAGAACUCUGCUUUUAACUGUAGUGGAUUUUGACAAAUUCUCACGCCAUUGUGUUAUUGGCAAAGUGUCAAUGCCCUUGAGCGAUGUAGACCUUGUGAAAGGUGGACACUGGUGGAAAGCUCUUGUGCCUAGUUCUCAGAAUGAAGUGGAGCUGGGAGAGCUGCUAUUGUCACUAAACUACCUACCAAGUGCAGGAAGACUGAACGUGGACAUCAUUAGAGCAAAACAGCUUCUUCAGACAGACAUGAGCCAAGGUUCAGAUCCCUUUGUGAAAAUUCAGCUUGUUCACGGAUUAAAAUUAACAAAAACCAAGAAGACCUCCUGCAUGCGGGGCACGAUAGAUCCCUUCUACAAUGAGUCCUUCAGCUUCAAGGUUCCCCAGGAAGAGCUGGAGAAUGCCAGCCUGGUGUUCACAGUGUACGGGCACAACGUGAAGAGCAGCAACGACUUCAUUGGGAGAAUUGUGAUCGGGCAGUACUCGACAGGCGCGCCCGAGUCCAACCACUGGCGCCGCAUGCUGAACGCGCACCGCACGGCCGUGGAGCAGUGGCACAGCCUGCGCUCCCGCGAGGAGUGCGACCGCGUCUCGCCCGCCUCCCUGGAGGUGACAUGAGGUGGGAAACCGACGGCAGCCAGAGCGAGCGGGCGGACGAGAUAAAAAAUAAACCAACGACUGAAACACCCCACCUCACACCCUACACGCACCCCGCGGCAGCUCCGUCGGAUUAACGCGGCUGCCAGCGCCCAGCCGGCCGUGCUGGCCUCGGUGACCCACGUCCCGCUGGGUCCUGGCUGUUCCCCUGGGGCCGGAGCUCUGGCUGCUUGCCCCCGGCACCGCUGAGCUGUUUGCGCCCCGCGGGAGGAGCGCGGCGCCGGGCGGCACGGGCUGCGCGUGGACGUGCCGUGGUGAGCACGGAGUGGGCGGAGGAGCUGGGAGCUGCCUCUGCUGUCCUUCCAGUCCAAAUCCAUGGCUCAUCCUCUCGGAGAUAUAAAGUACCCGUGUGCUCUCAUUGGUGAACGUGGUAAUUAGGCUAGAAUAUUUUUUUAAAUGGUAGAACCUGUGGUGAAAUCGAUUCUGAGUCCAGUUUUGUCCUUGUACUAGUUUUAACAGAGUUAAGCUGCUGUUAGUGUGUGCGUUUGUGUGCCGGGACACGCGUGUGGCCCCGCGUCGGACGGAUCCCGUGUCCCGGCAGCGGUGACCUGCCAGUCUCGAUAGCAGUCUGUGUGCGUAGUAGAUUCAGUGAUGAUAUAGCAAAAUCGACAUUUCCAAUAGCAUUUGUACUGGGAAAACCAGCUCGUGUCCUUUCAAACCUGUGCUGUGCAAAAGAAACCUGCUCCAGGGACUUUGGCGGUUAAGAAGACCCAGAAAACACAAUUUUAAUUCUCUCACAGACUGCAGUGGCUCUUUCUGUGUUGUGUGUGUUUACCCAGGUAGUUCUUCAGGUCACCAAGUGAACUUAGCUACAGUCAAGCUGUCCUGUUGGUUGCUUCUGCACAUUUUAUUUUUCCACAGUGUGUUGUCUGGUAUGAUGCAGAUUGUAUAUUUAUUGAAAAUAAAAUUCUAUUUAAUUGUGCCAGAGA